AUGCGAUUUCUCUUCGUUGCAAAGAUCGUCCUGUUCGCUGCUGUCCUUGCGGCAGUUACCGGCAGCGCCGCUGCAGGGCCCAUAGCCUACGGUAUCUGCCAGUCGGGAUGCAAUGCCAUAGCCGUAGCGUGCUAUGCAUCGGCAGGGCUUACUUUUGGCGCCGUAACUGCGGGUAGGUGCUUUGGCGCCCCGGCGGCAGCCGUUGCCUGUAACCUGGCACUGGGAAAGUGCAUGGCGUGCUGUAUCGCGGCUGGCUUUGCGCCCACUUUUUGA